AUGGUCACCUCGGCCUUCCCACCCGAGACCUCGCAGGAGCUUUAUGCCGACAGCCUCAAACUUCUCGGGGGCACGACCGUCUGCGGCAUCUUCUAUGGCAUCAUGACCGUCCUCGCCGCGGCCUGCGUGCAUGCCUUCUUCCACUGCACCCCGCGCGGAGGGUCGUCGAGGCUCAGGCUCGCCGCUCAAGUGGGAUACGUUGCGCUCCUAUGGGUGUCCGGCACGCUCUACAUGGCCUGCCUCGCGCGGACGUCAAACGACGUGUAUGUCGUUUGUCGAUUGCAGCUGCAAAGCCCUUCGGAGUGGAGCGACUUUCAGUCGCCGGAGUACAUUCUUGGGGACACGGCGUAUGUGGUUGCGCACUGCCUUGCUGACGGCCUGCUGGUUUGGCGCUUUAGAGCGGUGUGGCAUAACUCAAAGUGGUACCGAUACCUUCUGCCGUGUGCUGUGCUUCUGUACUUAGCUGUAAUCGCACUUGACUUCAUGGCAGUCAUAAAUAACUCUCUUCCAGGGCAUAGCUUCUAUUCCACUGUUGCAUACAAGAUGACGGCCCCCUCCUUCGUCGCUUCUGUCGUCCUUAACCUCUAUACAACAUCACUUAUCGCAGGUCGCCUUUAUGUCUUCCGCCGUUGGCUCGUUAAUACCGUUGGCAAAGACUUUCUUCAUCCGAAGCACUUUACCAAUAUCGCCGGAAUAGUCGUCGAGUCCUGCGCGCUCUUCACUGUUACCUCCAUCAUCUUCAUGGGGACCUACGUCGCCCGCCAUCCAGCUUUCUACGUGAUGAUCGCCGUGCUCUCUCAAGUACAGAUCAUCGCUCCGCUGCUUGUGAUACUUCGGAUGUCGUGGGGCAUCGCAUGGGAGCCAGACGUGACGAUGUGCACGGCCGCAAUCGACGUCGGCCAUGUUUUGCAGAGAGAUGACGACUGCCAUAUAAGCGUGAUACCUAAUUUGAGAAUAGCGGCAUGCGACAGCGUCAAGGACGGUAGUGAUACGAACGUAUGA